UUGUUUGUGUUUAUGAAGCAGUUCAGUUUCUCCUCAGGAUGUCGACCACGUCUCAGAAACAUCGGGACUUUGUGGGCGAGCCGAUGGGCGACAAGUCGGUGACGAGUCUGUCGGGGAUCGGAGAAAUCCUGGGGAAGAAACUGGAGCAGCAGGGCUUCGAUAAGGCGUACGUGGUGCUGGGUCAGUUCCUGCUUCUGAAGAAAGACUCUGAGAUGUUUUCUGAGUGGUUGAAGGACGCCAGCGGAGCUAACAGCCGACAGGCGGGGUCCUGCAGUCAGUGUCUGAGGGAGUGGUGCGACGCCUUCCUCUGAGGCCCCGCCCUCUUCCUCUGAGGCCCCACCCCCUCAGUCAGUGUCUGAGGGAGUGGUCAGACGCCUUCCUCUGAGGCCCUGCCCACUUACUCUGAGGUCCGCCCCCUCAGUCAGUGUCUGAGGGAGUGGUCAGACGGCUUCCUCUGAAUCCCUGUCCACUUACUCUGAGGCCCCGCCUACUUCCCACAAGGCCCAGCCUUCUUCACCUGAGGCCCGCCCACUCCUUCACAUGUCCCGCCCCUGUUCAUCUGAGACCACACCCAAUGUAUUUGUGAGUGAGACGCCUUCCUAUGAGGCCCCGCCCACGUCUCCCCACGCCCCUCCUCUGUUCAUCUGAUGCCCCAACCACUUACACCCACGCCCCGCCUUUGUUCAUAUAUGGCCCCGCCCACUUCUCCCCACAUCUGAGGCCCCGCCCACUUCUCAAAACGCCCCGCCUCCAUUCAUCUGAGGCCCCGCUCACUCCUUCCCACUUAACCUUCUUCCCCUUCUAUUAGUCCCGCCUCUACUGUAAACUCCUCCCCUUCCUGUUUGUUCACCGUGUUUUUAUUGUUAUUAUUUUGUGGAAAGCUAAAUAAAGAGUUGUCAGCU